AGAACCAGAUGAAAAUAGCAAUAUUAAUAACCAGUAACAAGGACAAGGUACUUGAAAAUACAUUAUACGAGGUUAAAUUUGAAAAUUGUUACCAUUAUAUAUAGACAAAUAUUUUGCCCCACCAUACCGGCUCUCCCUCAAAAUAUGAAUGACAUGCAAUCACAUAACAUCAGUGGAGAGAGCACAAAACGAUACAUUCUGAAAAAAUGCAUUGCCCUUUUGCUUUCAUGUGCCUCUUCAACUUACAAAUUCAAGCAAGUACAUGCAUUUUCCAUCAGACGUGGCAUCCCUUUGUCAAGCCCAGAAAUGGGCAAGUACUUGAUUUUCUCUCUAGUUUCCCUUUCAGGUCCAAUGCGUUACGCCCAGAAAAUCUUUUAUCAAAUUCAAUUUCCAAAUAUCUUUACUUGGAAUACAAUGAUUAGAGGUUAUGCUGAGAGUGAAAACCCGUAUCCAGCUAUUGAAAUACACAAUGAAAUGUGUGUGAAUUCUGUUGCACCUGAUACACAUACAUACCCUUUUGUGUUAAAAGCUAUUGCGAAAGUGAUUGAUGUUAGGGAAGGAGAAAAAGUGCAUUGCGUUACGAUUAGAAAUGGGUUUGAAUCGUUGGUGUUUGUUCAGAAUUCUUUGGUUCAUUUUUAUGGAGCUAUUGGUCAAGCAGAGAAUGCACAUAAGGUGUUUGAGGAAAUGUCUGACAAGAAUCUUGUGGCGUGGAAUUCAGUGAUUAAUGGGUAUGCUUUGAAUAGUCGACCUAAUGAAACGUUGACCCUUUAUAGGAGAAUGGCUUUUGAGGGUGUUAAGCCUGAUGGGUUUACUUUGGUUAGUUUGUUGACUGCUUCUGCUGAGCUUGGUGCUUUAGCUUUGGGUAGAAGGGCGCAUGUGUUUAUGUUGAAGGUGGGUUUGGAUAAGAAUUUGCAUGCUGCAAAUGCCCUUUUGGAUCUUUAUGCUAAAUGUGGGAAUGUAAAAGAGGCAGAGCAAAUUUUUGAUGAGUUGGAGGAGGAUAGUGUAGUUUCUUGGACCUCUUUGAUUGUAGGUUUGGCUGUUAACGGGUUUGGUGAGAGAGCACUUGAGCUUUUCAAGGAAAUGGAAAGAAAAGGAUUUGUUCCUACUGAGAUCACAUUUGUUGGGGUGUUAUAUGCCUGUAGCCAUUGUGGUUUGGUGGACAAAGGCUUUGCUUACUUUGAAAGGAUGCAAAAGGAGUUUGGAAUUAAGCCGAAAAUUGAACACUAUGGCUGCAUGGUUGAUUUAUUAGGAAGGGCUGGUUUAGUGGAAAAGGCGUACAAGUAUAUUACAGACAUGCCAUUGCAACCCAAUGCGGUGAUUUGGCGAACAUUACUCGGUGCCUGCUCAAUACAUGGUCAUUUAGCUCUAGCGGAGAUGACCAGAAAUCACCUUAAGCUGUUAGAACCUAAACAUUCUGGAGAUUAUGUGCUCCUUUCGAACCUUUAUGCAGCCGAAAGGCGAUGGUCAGAUGUGCAUAAACUUAGGAGAACUAUGCUUAAAGAAGGGGUAAAGAAAGUCCCCGGGCAUAGUCUCGUUGAGUUGGGUAAUCGUGUGCAUGAAUUUGUUAUGGGAGAUAGAACCCAUCCUAAAACUGAGGCUAUAUAUGCUAUGCUUGCGGAAAUGACUAGAUUGUUGAGAUUGGAAGGUUAUGUCCCUCAUACAUCCAAUGUGCUUGCUGACAUAGAAGAAGAGGAGAAAGAGACUGCUUUGGCGUACCAUAGUGAAAAAAUUGCAAUUGCAUUUAUGUUGAUCAGUACACCACCUGGGACCUCUAUUAGAAUUGUGAAGAACUUAAGGGUCUGUGCUGAUUGCCACCUUGCCAUAAAACUAAUAUCGAAGGUCUAUGAUCGCGAGAUAGUUGUUAGAGAUCGUAGCCGGUUUCACCACUUCAACAAUGGAUCUUGCUCUUGUAAAGAUUAUUGGUAAAACGUAAUUGUGGGAUUGGAACUGGAACUUUGCAUAAGUUGCUGAAAUCAGAACGUGGCCUUUUGAAAAUAUCAAAAUCGAUGAAAACUACUGCAUUCUGCUCAAGGAAAAGUUACCGGAAAAAAGACGCAAAUAUCUGGUCCGUUGCUUGAUGGGCAGUUUGAAAACAAUUAAUGCAACUCUAUGCUUUCUGUGGAAGAAAUAUUCCUCAACCCCUUCUACAGUGUUGUAUGUAUCAUUUUAAGAGGAUCAUCCUCGGUGUCUAUACAAGUCUUGAGAGGAGUAGCUACUUUUGUAAUAACAAAAAGCGAGGUACCUGACCCUAAGCAAAAGGGAUUCAAUCUGAUGAAUAAGUCCUUCAGUUUCCCCAAACCCUUUAAUAACUUCAGGUGAUUGCACUUUCAUUUCAGCUGGUAAGAUUACAUACUCAUUAUUCCUGCAUAAUCUGCUAUAUUUAAGAUGUUAAUACCCAGUUGACAGCUCAUGUUCCACCUUGCUGAAGGUAUAAAUCAAGUAUCUGAUAGUUCUUGCAGAUUCCUUUCAAAAACCUGUUGAUACACAUUCCACUUCAAGUUGCCAGUUACCUACAUGGAUCCUCAAAUUUUGUGCACAAAAUAAAGAAAUAUCUUUUUAGUGUCUUUGAGGCCCCACAUGCUCCCACAACAGCAAGCCACAAGGUCGGAACACAGACCCCUGAAGCUGAAAUAUCCAGAUCUUUUUUGCUUUGUGGAAGAAGUUAAAGCAACUAUUGCCUAUUGUGGAUCAGGAAGUGAAUGAUCAACACAUUUUAGGAAUCUCAUGAAUGGACCAGCAGUAUUCCCGUCACAGUCAACCCAUACUAUAGAGUACUUAAUGAGGGUGAAUCUAGCUCUGCACAAUGGCCAUGGAAUAUGAUCUGGAAACUAUGGCUCAAUACAAAGCUUCAGUUGAUUGUUGAUGCAUGAUGCAUGUUUGACUAAUGGCGGUAUAGCUCUAGAAACCAGACAGAGAUCAUUCAUGGGGUGGGCAAAAUUUCUUGGUUUUUUAUUUUGAUGAUUUCUGUUUGCUCCUCUUUUCUGUGUUGCAGAGAGAACCAAUUACAUUGUCCACUUUGAGUUCUCCAAGUAGCAUUGCUCCAUCAUUGAUUCCAUCAAAAUUGCUGAUCCUCUUUUCGCUAGCCAACAUUCUGCUGAAAGCUCCUAUAUUCCUAUGGUUCUUGAAGCUCAACCCGUCUUCUGGCCAGAUUAUGCUAGCUUUACAGAUGAUGAUACACCUGAAAUCCCAAAAAGGUGGAAGGAAUUUAUUGUGAGGGGACGGAAUUCAAUUCUUUGAUGUGCAACAGGAAACUCGUUGGGGCUAUUUAUUUCAAUCAAUGUGGCAGCUAAUCCUAGUGUGAACAUUUCCAUUAAUUCUGCCAGGGAUAAUUCCAGUCAUGGCACACAUCUAGCCUCCAUUGCUGCUGGAAACUAUGCUCAAUCUGCUCCGUACUAUGGAUAUGCCAAAGCAACAGUAUGCGGAGUUGCUCCACAUGCUAUGCUGGCUGUUUACGAGGUGACCUGGACAGAAGGAAGCUAUACUUCGAAUUAUCUUGCUGGUAUGGAUCAGGCUGUUGCAGAUGGUGUUGACAGAAUAUCCAUUUUGGUUAGGUACUGAUUUACUCCAUAAUAUGAAAAGAUUCUAUAGCAAUUGCCUCUUUUGGUGCCAUGCUGAAGGGGGUCUUAGUUUCUGCUGCAGCGAGAAUGGUACCAGGCAUGUUAAUCUUAGGAGCCUGGCCUUCUACUGUAUGUACAACUGGCAACUGUACCAGCAUAGAAUUAGAAUAUGAGUCCUUUCUUCAAUCAGGCGUAUCCAUGUCCUCUCCUCAUGCUACUGGAAUUGCUGCCAUGCCAAAAGUUGUGCAAUCAGAUUGGAGUCCAUCACUAUUAGGUGUGUUAUGAUGACCACCAUGAAGGUGUGAACCAUUUAGGCAGUACUUCAAACCCCCAUUGUUGAUGCGGCAACAAUAGCCUAGCAACGCCAUUAGGCAUCGGAGCAGGACAUGUUGAUUCGAAUCGUGCUGUGGAUCCAGGAUUAUUAAUAUAUGAUGCUACUUCUCAUGACUGUGUGAAUCUUCUAUGCUCCAUGAAACCAUUGCAAGAUCAUCAGUUAGCUACAACUGCUCAAAUCCAUCUUCUGAUCUCAAUUACCCAUAAUUUAUUGCCUUAUAUGAGUAUAGCCUAAAGAGGGAAACUUCCCUUGGGUGGUGGAAGUGCCCAAGAAUUCUACAAUAUCAGUAUCCUCACAAGUUGUCGUAUUUUUUAAUUUGAACUUUGUAAUUUUUAUUCCACUUACCUUUAAUUUAGAAAAUAAGAAAGAAUAUAGAUACAGCAAGGUAUGACAAUUCAGACUU